CAUGGUGCUCCCGCCGCAGCGCGAAUUAUGUCAGGACCUCAUUCAUCAGCACAGAAGAGCGGCGAAGGUGAAGCUAGCUAAUCGGUAUAUAACCCGCGCAGGACGACGCAGCAUGUCAAAGGCGGACAAUUACUGCGAAUCUUAUCCACCCUUCAUGCGUUGCUUCCAGCUACGCCAUUCAACUUGUGUGCACGAGAGCCAAUUGACGUUUGGGACGUAUCCCAAGGAAAAGGGGCCACCAGCUCUGUGACAGCGUUUGAAGUCUUAUUCUUCCACGGUUCUCAGCUCCAAGGUGCUCUUCGGUGCUCUCAAGCUGCCCUGUAUCUGAGCUUCGCUAGCCCUCAUCCCGCGCCUUCCCUCUCGCCUAUCCCUGUCGAGGCAUAGUGUGCCAAACACAGCCUAGCGGUUUCCUCAAUCAGCAAGUGUAUAUCAGGCGGUGUGAUCAUUGUGACAAAACCAUGGCGGCGCUAGUGGUUGAACAAGCUUCGUCUGAAAGCUUAGCUAGGCCCCACGCCGAUGAUCGAAUCAAGUAUCCAGACGCGCCCACGCUGCACCUGCCCUAUCUCACCGAAUCCGAGACCAGGUCGCAGCCUCGCUCGCGCGCCGUCUCCCGCUCUUCUACCCCGCUGUCCCGCCCGCGAGUUUCCCCUCCACCCUCCUACACCUCCGCCAACCCACCCACCAAACUCCAAGCCCUCGCCGAAGCCACAAACCUCGACGUCAAUUUAAUCGCCGAAGCCAUCAUGGUCCACCUCAACCGUGUCGCAACCGAUGCCGAAGUCAAGGACGGCAACACGCUCGUCGACGGGCUAGAGAGCAUCCGCUUUGAGCCUGCCGAUGAGGAGGACCAAUUCACCGCCACCGUCUAUGGUUCGCGAUACGCGGCCGAGGACCUGCCCAGAUAUGAGAUGCCGGAUCGGGAAAUGCCAAAAGAAGUGGCAUAUCGUAUGAUCAAGGAUGACCUUACUCUGGAUGGUACUCCCACCCUUAAUCUUGCGAGCUUCGUCACUACCUAUAUGGAAGAGGAAGCUGAAAAGCUCAUGGUCGAAUGCUUCUCGAAGAAUUUCAUUGAUUAUGAGGAGUACCCGGUAUCUGCAGACAUCCAGAACCGCUGUGUGUCUAUGAUUGCUAGGCUGUUUAACAUCCCGGCACACGACGAGGGCACUAAUGCUAUGGGCACAUCCACCAUUGGAAGUUCCGAGGCAAUCAUGCUCGCGGUCCUUGCCAUGAAAAAGCUCUGGCAGAAUAAGCGCAAGGCUGAGGGCAAGCCAUACCACCAGCCUAACAUUAUCAUGAACUCAGCCGUCCAGGUGUGCUGGGAAAAGGCGGCCCGUUAUUUCGAUGUAGAAGAGCGAUACGUCUAUUGCACGGAGGAUCGCUUUGUAAUCGACCCCAAGGAGGCUAUAGAUCUGAUCGAUGAGAAUACUAUUGGUAUCUGCGCUAUUCUUGGUACCACCUACACGGGCGAGUACGAAGAUGUCAAGGGGCUCAACGAUUUGCUCGUCGAGAAGAACCUCGACGUUCCAAUCCAUGUCGAUGCUGCCAGCGGUGGUUUCGUUGCUCCAUUUGUCAAUCCCGGCCUUCUGUGGGACUUCCGCCUUCCCAAAGUCGUCUCCAUCAACGUCUCAGGCCACAAGUAUGGACUUGUAUAUCCUGGUGUGGGAUGGGUCGUCUGGAGAGACCCGAAGUACCUUCCCAAGGAACUUGUCUUCAACAUCAACUACCUCGGUGCGGACCAAGCCUCAUUCACCCUCAACUUCUCCCGCGGGGCUUCCCAGAUCAUUGGACAAUACUACCAAAUGAUUCGUCUUGGCAAGCGUGGAUAUCGGAGCAUCAUGCUGAACCUGACACGGACUGCCGACUAUCUUGCCGCAAACCUAGAGCAACUAGGCUUUAUCAUUCUUUCGGAGCGCAGUGGAAAUGGUCUCCCUCUCGUCGCCGCCCGCAUCGACGAAGACCUCGGCAAGCAAUACGACGAAUUCGCCAUCGCCCACCAACUCCGCGAACGCGGUUGGGUAGUCCCCGCUUACACCAUGGCCCCCCACUCCGAGAAAAUGAAACUCAUGCGCAUCGUGGUGCGCGAAGACUUCACGCGAUCCCGAUGCGAUGCACUGAUCACGGACAUCAAACUGGCGUUGCAGACGCUGGAUGCUAUGGACCGCAAGAAGAUUGAGGAACAGAAGGAACAUGCGGCGGGGAUUAGCCGACGCGCCACGUGGACGGGUAGGCAUAAUCGAUUGCCGACGAAUAUGUUUGCAGGCGAGACGCAUAGUUUGCAGGGGAAGCAUGGGAAGACCCAUGGGGUGUGUUAGGAGGGGGGUUUUUAGAGGUUUAGGGAUGUCAAAAAGGGGGGAUAGGGUUGGAUGGAAUUGGAUUGGAUUGGACCUUCUCAUCUCAGGUGUCGUCGACAAUGGACGGACGAAGAAAACAUACGUCAACAUUAACCACAAACAGCAUUCCCCUCAGUUCUCUCAUUAAAUAUUACAGCACCUAAAUAACUACGUAAAAGAUAAGAUCAGACAUACAGAAAAGAAAUAGAAGACCAGAUCAAAGAUA